AAACCUCAACAGCUACGAAUAGCUAAACCUUAAGCUAAAACUUAAACUCAAACCAUCGUAUCCUGAAAAAUCUCCAAAAUGAAGUCGUUCGCUUUGUUUUCUUCAAUGGUUUUACUGAUUGUUCUGGUAGUUGGAGCUAAUGGAAAUGGGGAAAAUAAGGACUUCCGUUGUACCAUGGUUAAUUCCCCUAAUGGUAUCAUCUUUGGGCUUCCCAAAAUAGGCACGGCCUAUGCCUACAAUCCCAUAAAAAACGAAUGCAAUUCCUAUCAUUAUGACUUUGUUUUUGGAAAAGUUAUAUUUGUGACCCAAGCAGAGUGUGAGCAGAUUUGCAAAGACAGUGAGAAAGCACAGGAUGAAGCCCCUAUUUCCAAUGAUUGGUAAAAUUAUAUUAAAAAUGUAAAAAACAGCAUUAAAGCUUAAUAAAAUUAUGGUUUAAAA